CCGCAGGUCUGUACUACCUGGCGGAGCUCAUUGAGGAGUACACCAUGGUCACCAGGAGGGUCAUCAAAUAUAUGAUCUGGUUCUCCUCGGCCGUGCUGGUGGGGCUGUACCUGUUUGAGCACUUCCCAGGAUUCCUGGUGGGAAUGGGACUCUUCUCCAACCUGGUCUACUUUGGAUUGCUCCAGACCUUCCCCUUCAUCGUCCUCACCUCCUCCAACUUCAUCCUCUCCUGUGUGCUGGUGCUCCUCAACCACUACUUGGCCUUCCAGUUCUUUGCUGAGGAGUUCUACCUCUUCUCCGAGGUCUUGGCCUACUUCACCUUCUGCCUGUGGCUCAUUCCCUUCGCCUUCUUCGUGUCCUUGUCGGCAGGAGAGAACGUCCUGCCCUCCACUGUGCAGCCUGGGGAUGAUGUCGUGUCCAACUACUUCACCAAGGGGAAGAGAGGAAAACGCUCUGGGAUCCUCCUGAUCUUCUCCUUCAUCAAGGAAGCAAUCCUGCCCAGCAGGCAGAAGAUCUACUGA